GCCCCGCUCCGGAGCCGGCCGGACGCUCCCAGUGCAGCGCGGCUGCUUUGGGGCUGCGGCUCCUGCCCCGCGCUGGCCAUGGGGCGAGUGGCGGCAGCUGCGGCCGCACUGGUGGCACUGGUGCUGCUGGGAGCCCCCCCUGGGGCGGGCGCGGAGCUCUCGGCCGUGUUCCAGAGGAUGGCAAAGUUCGAGUGUCACUUCAUUAACGGCACGGAGAGGGUGAGGUAUGUGGAGAGGUACAUCUACAACCGGUUUGAGUUGGCGAGGUUCGACAGCGACGUGGGGCGGUACGAGGGGUUCAGCCCCUAUGGGGAGAAACAGGCCGAAUGCUGGAACAGCAGACAGGAAUGGAUGGAGAACAUACGGAGUGCGGUGGACUGGUUCUGCCGGGCCUGGUACAAGACGGUCACCCCGUUCGCCGUGGAGCGCAGCGUUCCCCCCAGCGUGUCCAUCUCGCUGCUGCCCUCGAGCUCCCAGCCCGGCCCCGACCGCCUGCUCUGCUCCGUGCUGGAUUUCUACCCUGCCCAGAUCCAGCUGCUGGUGCUGCUGGAAACGCCCCCCCGGAGCGGGGUCACCUACACGUGCCAGGUGGAGCACGUCAGCCUGGAGCAGCCGCUGAGACAGCGCUGGGAGAUGCCGCCGGACGCCGCCCGCAGCAAGAUGCUGACGGGGAUCGGGGGCUCGUGCUGGGCUCGGUCUUCCUGGCGCUGGGGCUCGGCUUCUACGUGCGCAAGAAGAGCUCCUGAGCCGCCGGCGGCCGCAGCCCCUCCCCGUGGCCUCGGGCCCGCCCGGGACCCCCCGCUCCGUCCCCGCGCUCGUUUUGGGGGGGGGUCGUGUCCCCUCCCCCCUCAAUCCCCUCCCCCACCCAGCGCCGCUGUCACUCUGCCCCCGCCCGGCUGCUCCCAGUGCUCCCAAUAAAGAUUCCCAGUUGGA